UCCACAGUGAGAACGUCCUAUUAUUCCACCAAUUGCGGGGGAGAGAGCUGGAGAACCUGUGGGCCGCUAUGGAGAGAAAUAAUCAGUGGCAUGUGGCUCUGACAAGGGCGGGGCUUUCAGCAGGAAUUAUGUUUGUUAUUACUCCUGAGGGAAGGGGUUCCACAACAGCAAUAGAGCGGGGUGUUGUACCGUUCCUCAUGCUGUGACUGCAGUCAAGGUGGCUGCCAUAG